AGCCUGUUGCAGCUGCUUUUUGACUUCGAGAUCGAAAUUUUGAAGUGGUAUUGAAGCAGGUGCAGUGGCUGACUACAUGGUGUGAAAGCCAAAAUAGUUCAAUCACGAAUAGUGUCGAGCGUACAAAAUUGAAUGGGAAAUGUGAGAGAAAGAAGUACCUGGUCAAGCCAUUGGCUGGUAAUUGAAUUUCUCUUUUGGACAUAGAGAAAUCAAUGUAACAGGCAUAAUGGAACGCACUGAUAUACCAGCUGCAAUGUCAACUGCUCAAAGACCCGUUCCUAAUCCUGAAGAGUGGACUGCCCUACGGCAAAUCUCUCCUAUUGAUCACCCUGUAUCACAGCUGCAUCUUUUUUCUCCACCGCGGCCGGGUGAUGAGUCAUCUUAUGGUCUCCUGGAUGUGAACAACCUUGUCCCUGAUACAACUCAGCUUUUUGCUGGCAAUGCUGGAGAUGCUGAUACAACACUAAAUCGCUUGGCCCAAGAGAUGGUGAACACUUCUCGGCCAGCCACCUCAGGAAUGUCAUCAACUAGUGCACUGGUCUCACUUGGCGUAGAUGACAUUUGUGAACUAAACAGUGACGGUGACUCCUCUGUACCUUCGGCUUUGACCCACUCAGCUAUUGUUAGCGAUGCGAAUGCCGUAGCUCGUGCCUUGAGCAAUCAAAGUAUUGGAUCACUGGAGCCAUCUGUUGCAUCUCUUAUAACAGCACUGUCCCAACAGCAGACCGAGGUAUUCACUGACAGUUCAGCACACCGCCUCUCAUCCAGUGUUCACGAGGCAACACAACCGGAAGACUGGUCCAGAGAUGUUCAGCGCAUUGCAUCAUCUCUAACUGGCUUGGAUAAUUUCAAAUCUGCCAGCCAUAUGUCCGGGAUUGAUCAAAGUGCCACUGCUUCACCCACUACUGCAGCUUAUGAUCAAGCCAUGCAUGCAUCUACAUAUUCAACGGUUUCCCCUCACAACACCAACUCUAUGAGUUCAACGUCAGCCCAAAGCAGUGGAAAUUUUAGCUCCAGCCUGGCUGAUAGUGAUGCACACUACCCUUCUGGUGCUAUUCAGCAUUAUGACGGGACAAUAAGUAGUGGUGACCAACAGCAUACUGCAAGUAGAGACUAUGAACAGGUACGCAUGGUGCCGGGUCAGGAGGUGGAUGUUGAUGGUCUAUUGCCUUCAGUUGCAUCUACUAGCAUGAUAGCAACAGCCAGUGAGAGCCUGGGGAGAUUCCCAUUGCCCGGCCAAGAGCAUUCUCCGACUGGCAGUGCAUCUAAUGUUUCAGCAUCAGCACGUCCUCUGGGUGAGGGUCAAGAUAGUGGUGGUGAUCAAGCUAGCCUGUUUCGCAACUACUUGAACCCCAGUGAUGCUGGUGUACUUCUUGCACAGUACAUAGCCAGUCAGCAGCAGCAUACACUGGGCGAUGAUAAUACUGGUGACUAUGCUAGCCAAAGUGACCAUAGCUUCUCUGCAGACAGCGGUAGUCCAGAUGCUUCUAUGGGUGCUCCACGAGGUUGUCGACGACCACUUUCAUCCCCACUUGGAUCAUCUCUUACCGGAUCGUCUAACGUACUGGGAAUGAGUCCAUCUAUUAGUGGUACUCCUGUACACGGCCUUUCUCCAUCACACUCCCUUGGUAGCGUGUCAGAUUUAUCUAGCCAUGGCCUGCCGUCUAACAACCCAUACUCGAUUCCUCGCACUCAGGGUGUCGGUGUUGGUCUUUCUCAAGGUGAUUUAGCAAGCUCGGCUGACAGUGCAAGCUUGGUAUUGGCUCCUGGAUCAGAGACAGAUGCAGUAGUAUCCGAACCAUCGUCAAUUGCGGGUGCUGUGUCAAUGACUAUUGAACAACCCCCCUGGCUUGCUUCAUUACGCCAAGGUCCCAGUGGUCAACCUUAUGAUCGGCCGGAUGUUCUUGGCGAAGUCAAUGUCUCUGGAUCUUCAGUAGCGGCACCAAUACCGGUGUCCUCUACUGCAUUGACUCCAAUGUCUUUAGCUGACAUUGAAGCUCAUGCAACUUUGGAUUAUCAGUCUCAAGCACCAAGCACAGCCACGGCGUAUCAAGCCAUACUAAGCAGCACUGGACCCAGCAUACGUAGUAGUGCCACAGCUAAGUCUGCUCUAACUGAUAGCAGUCCAGUACAAGCAUCCAAAAGUCCAAGGUCAGUGGUAUCGCUAGCAGCACGAUUCGAUCAGCCAGCUCACUCAUCAUCCAGUCUGGAAAGUUCUCAGCAUUAUGGUGCUGCUGAAUGUUAUACAUCAUGGUCACGACUGGAAGAUGGCGCUGCUCCAGUAGAUUCCAACGCUGCAGCAGCGUUUGAGAUGGAUCUACGUGAUCCUGACUGCUUUGCCGACAUGCCCCAACAGGAUGGCAGCCUGUACGGUGAUAUAGAAUUUGCUGGUGAUGGCUAUCAACAACUGGAUGGUGAAGACUUUGUCCCCACUGGUGCUGGUGUCAGUGAGUUACUUGAUGCUGAUCAGCAGGAGAAUGCACGUGAGUACCAGUUUGAUCCUGCCUUCAUCAAUAGCAUGUCUGCUGGUUCUGAUCAACUAGAUUUCUCUUCUGGACCAGUAUUCACCGCUGACAAGUCAACAUUGCCUAGUAGCGCAGGUCCAGUAUUGACCACUGACAAGUCAACAUUGUCCAGUAGCGCAGGUCCAGUAUUGACCACUGACAAGUCAACAUUGCCUAGUAGCAGCGCUACACAUAGUACUCGUGGUACUAGUCAGGAUUUGCUAGUCACUACGGCAACAGCAGCAGCAGCAGUCGUUCCAAUUUGCACGUCAUCUGCUGAUCAAAACCUGUCUACUGCUUCCGUUCAAGCACAUGUCGUCAGGGAUUUCACAACUGAUGUGGUCACACCAAGUAAAGCUGUUUCAGGCCUGUCUGCUCAUCAUCUGUCCCACUUACCCAGGAGCACUGGUCCAUUCAGCAAGCUCUCCAAUGACUCCAGCAGUGCUGACAUCUUUCAAUCGGAGCCGUCGCCGGGUGCAUAUUUUGCCGCCCGCAGCAGUGUACUUGGAGGCUUGGAUGACCUAUCAGUCCUCAACUCUGCUCAACGUCCACAUUUUGACAUGAGUCAUCCUCUAUUCAGCCCACCUGGAGCUGGCGCAGCAUCCUCUGGGAACGCAUCUACUCUCUCUGACAGUGUCAUGUUCAGCAAGCCUUCUUCUGCGUCUAAUGGGGAUGCCGUGUGUAGCCCUUCAAAGCUGACGCAGUACCACAAGCCCGACACUCACAGCAGUGGCGGCAAGCGGUCAACAUUUACGUCCUACUCCGGCUCCCACCUGCCACCGUCGCUAGUUGGGUUGGAUGACAGCGCGGUUCAGAAGCAUGUGCAGGGUGCACUUCAUAUGGCUACUCCACCUAAUGUACGUCAAUUACUACAGUCAUCACCUCACAAGUCAGGCUUGCACAGUGACGGUUAUGUUGAGACUACAACUGCUACCCCUUCCUUUACUGCUGCUACUUCUGUUGCUCCUUCAGCUGGUGUAGUGUCGUCUGAUGACGUCAGCACGUUGUUGAAUGAAAUUCGAACAGUUGCCGAGGCAACAUCGAGCCACAUGGUAGCUGCGCACAGGCAGUUUUCUGGCACACACGCUCAUCCUGACCAAGUACCUACUAGCAGUACUCUAGACAGCAUUCAUCGUAGUGUGCAUCCGCCUGUGACUACCAGUUCCUAUGCUGCUAGUGAUGCACCUCCGCUGGCAAGAGGUGACGUGACUGAUGAAGCAUAUACCCAUACUGCACCACAUCCAUCAAAUGCGUCGGACAUAUUUCUCUCGCCCAGUCGUGUUUUGAGACCAAGUUACACACUGGGAGAGUUUGUGGAGACCAUGAAUGUUCCGAACGAUUCUGUCUUGGCAGAUAUGACUAUGACUGAGUAUAGCAGCAGUAGUGCUCUCACUGUUCGUACCGGUGAACAGCACCCGCAGCACUUGCAAUCACAUAGCCUUGAGCCGCAACGUCUUCUAGAUGCAGCACAGUCUCCUGUACGACCAUCUAAUAUGGUUACGCCUGGUGCCAACUCAUUCCCAGCAGCCUACUUGGAUGGAGAUGUAUCCAUGGGUCGUGACUCAGUAGCUUCCUCUGCAUUCAGUACUACCUUCUCCAGUAGCAGUUCUAUGUACAACACUCGUGAUGGCGAUAGUCCUAGCAAGUUGUCUAUGACUACGGAUGGUGACAGUGCUCCUGCUGCUCCUACUGCUCAUGCUGCUCAUCAGUAUGUCAAUACUCUCAUCCAUGGUGAAGAUGAAGAAGGAAGUGAUGACAACGAGGAGAAAACUCUUAGUCUAGCACCGGGUGAGGAAGACGUCACUCCUGUAAGAAUGUUUACUCAUACCAGUCUGCAAUCGGUUUCUUCUGGACCAGUUGAAACUGAUAGAUUACAGCACAGCUUUGUCACAAGCAGUUUACUUACUGUUGCUACUCAAUCUAGUGUUGGGAAGAAUGACAGUACACAUGGCCACUCAGUUUCUCGUGCUGAGGACUCACAGCUGAGCAAAAGUGCUAGUCCCCGCUCGGGCUCUGCUAGCAGUUCCAAUGUGCAGCACGAUGUGGCAGCUAGUGAUUUGCAGUCCGAUGGUAUGGAAGUGACUGUCAAAGUCUCUGUACAGCUCGAUUCUAGUAUAGCUGCGUCACCCACCAAGCUCGCUGGUCAUCAAUCACCAAAGUAUCGGACUGAUGAUAGAACUGCCAUGUCCUCUGCUACUGCCGCACCAGCCGCUUCUGCUACUUCUGCUACUUCUGCUACUGGACCGAAUACCAGUGUGACGACCAGUAGAAGUCUGAAUCAACCACCGUCUUCAGCCUAUCAUUCUUCUUCAGCAACAGCAGCAGCAUCGCAUACUCCGGUGAAAGUAACUGUAUCACCGGCAUCGUCUCAGCGAUCUCCUACCCAGGUGGCUCCAUCAAAAUCCCCUGCUAAAUCUAGCCCUCUUCCAUCACCACUGCAGCGCGUUGUCCAACCGAAAAACAUUGAGAAAUGGCUGUCUGAGCUGCUCCAACAUUCUCCAGGCUCAUCACCUCGCAAUUCUCCUGGCAAUUCUCCUGGGAAAUCACCUAGAAGCAAAGAAGCUGUGAUGCAACUAGAGACAGCAAAAAGGAAAGUUCUCCAGCCGGAUUACAUUUCUCCUGGCCAGAAGUCAGAUAGCUAUCAGGAAUCACUGGAUUCUUCGAUGUCCACACUUGCACGCAAUCUUUCUGACAGUUUUCGGAGGGAUGGUGCAGAGCUGCUGGACAGCGCUGCAGAGACACCUAUACUAUCUGCUGGUCACUCUCCACCGCAGCUUGCUAGACAGCAGUAUAACACUGAUCCGAUACUGUCUUCUCAGAAUACACCCACCACCACUGGCCUAUCAACAAUCAACAGGCAACCUAUUGCGACUGCUGCUGAUAUCGCAGUUUCGUCACAUGUGUCUGCUACACAUGGACGCAAUGAAGGCAGAGUGCUCGGUCAGCAGUCGCCACUAAGAGCUACAGCAGCGACCACCCAGCUGCACAGUCAUUCAACACAAUCGUGGUCUCAAAUCGACUCUUCUCUCGAGUCAUCCCAAUCUGUUGUGGUGCCCAGCGAGACUUCUUUCUCAACGCCGGUCGUUCACGAAUACGAGAAGAACAGGUCGCGUCCUCCCGUACCUCCAUCCACUACAGCUGGCCUGAGCCAAUCACCCCGAUCAUCCCAGGGUAGUCAUAGUAUUGGGCCGGUUGUAAUGCCCGCUACUUAUGCUGUGCGUGGUAUACAAUGUGUGGGAGUUCCGGUGGCUCUUCUACUGCCAGUACGGAAUUCCGGCACGAAAUGGCUUAAAUCUGCUAUUGAACUCAGAACAGUUGAUGGAAGCACGCUCCCUGAGGAAAUGUCUUUAUUUCAAGUGUCGCCUCGUAUGACUUUAGGACCCUUGAAGACAGAUGAUAUUCAGAUCACUUGCCUACCUCAUGCAGCAGGUUCUUUCUCAGUUGAACUGGUCAUGACAUCAAGCCCUGUCAUUGAAGAUAGCUCAGCUAUUGGACAGGAGAGUUCCGUUAUCAGUCGUUGUGUUCUUAGUGUGAAUGCUAUUGAAGCUCGUCUUCAUGUUGUACGACCACCUGCAGCCAUACCAGGUCUGCCAGAAGUGCAGACUAGUCUAUCUGCGUUGACCAAGGCUGACAUUGAUCUUGGUCAAACUCUAGCUGGGACGACUCGUUAUCAUCCAGUUUGCUUACGGAAUCUAAGCAACAUCAGCCUUCCUGUUCGACUGCUCAUCUGCUCUGACAAGUCAUCGUCAGUCAACACGUUCUCAUUUGUUUCUUCACCGGACUCGUUGCCAUAUCAGUGCAGUCAAUUAAAUAGCACACUAACUCUGUUACCGCCAUCACCACUAACUUCCCUAUCAACUGUUGCCUGUACAUCUAUUCCACCAUGUCAGACCAAUGAGUACUGCGUGGCAUGGAUAUGUUUCAAGGCGCCUUCCCAGGAUUCAUCAGAUGUGUCCGCCGCUGCGUCUACUCUCAGUGAUUACUCUUGUACUGUACAAGUGGAGCUGGAUGUUGUUGCUGAUUUCCCUCUUGCUUCUGUACAUUUCACAUCGUGUGUCGGUUGGGCAAGACUGCAUGCACCUCGCUCAAUGCAGGCUCUGACAUUUGCAGCUUCUCCUGACAAGCCAGCACAUCGCACUGUUCCCUUGCGCAAUGUUGGCAAUGUGCCUUGUAAUGUGGAGCUGGGCAUUAGCCCUCCUAGUGCACUGUUUACUGUCCAUCCGACAUCAUUUACAGCAGUACCCCAACAGGAGGUGGAAGUCCGUGUCACGUUCUUAUGUUCUAUUGCCCAACAUUCUGCUGGAAGCUAUCUAGUAAUGACAGUCAAAGAGAAUGGGAACCAGUAUGAACUAUUGCUACGUGGAACAACCUCCGACUAUUUACACACUAACGGUCAUGCAGCAGCACUGCCUGCACCAGACCUAGCCGUGUCCAAGUCUUUGCUAUCUUGCAAUCGCAAUCAAGUGACAUUUGCUGGUGUUGCUCUGCGAGAAAGCCGUGAGGAAGUCCUUACUCUGUGUAAUACAUCCUACACAGAAGAUGUAGUGCUGGAGAUAUCUGUUCCGGACCAUAGUGAUGUGUUGCAGGUGUUGUUACCAGUGUACAAGCCAACACCAGUACAUACUGAAACACAUGCAACGUCUCUUGGCAAGAGCAGCCAAGAUCAGCCAGUGACUAAGCUUGGGCCCCAGGAGAGCAUUAGAGUGACAUUGAAGUUUACAGCUCGCCAACAAGCUGCUAUCAAGUCAUUUUGUCUCAUCCGCGACUUGAAGCAUGCCAUGAAAUUUCAGAUUCCUCUGUUUGCAUAUGGCGGGCAUUGUGACAUUCAGGCAUUGGGUAGUCUACAUAACAAACCUCUGACAAGGAUAAAGUUGGGACAGCUUGGCAAGCAACGAUCAAUCAGUAAACUAGUUGUGGAGAACCGUGGAGAAAGAGAUGGUUUUGUCAAGAUCCUCUGUUUUGAAGAUGAGAAACUUAGUACGCUAGUACCGGCAGAAUGUCUGACAGUAUCUCCCGUUGAUGCCAUCAUUCCUGCUGGAAAGUCCAAGCAAUUCCUUGUGAUCGUGGAGCCAGCUGCCUGUGGCAAGCACUCUGUCCUGGGUAGUCGUCAUGACAGCGCAUCACUGGCAGCGCUGUGUCUACACAGUGGGGAUGAGCUGGCUCGUUGCCGAUGGAGGCGCCUCUGUCGAACAGUCGGUGAGGUCUCCUCUACUCCUAAUUCUCCUGGCCACACCUCCUCUUGCGCAACAGCUGAUGAUGAUGGUGGUGGUGGUAAUCGUUCACAACCGGUGUGUCCUGGACUCAGUAAAGCGGGUCUGCAUCGUCCUGUUGCCGGUGAAAAUCUUGAGCUUCGUGAUUUGCAGACCUAUUCUGCGUCUGCUAGCCUCGUUGAGGAACAGCAAUUGUUUGAGUCUGGUGUUCAACAACAAACUAUACAAAUUGUAGCAACACUCACUCCACCGCUUAGUGUUCCUGGCCGCAACACUGCGUCAAGAAAGAAGAAAGCUAUCACAACGACUGCUGGCGAUACACAAGCUAUGGGUGACUUGUUACAGCAGCUAGGCAGGGACAGGCCUGUGGCAGAGUCUAAUGGUGGAAAGUCUUUGAGGGCCAUGCCAGACAUGGAGCAUGAGUUUGAUUUCCAACAGUUCCCUCCAUCACAACACAGCUCAACAGCAGUAGCAGCAGCAGCAGUCAGUACAGCAACAGCUACAGUCUCAACAACUGGGAAAGUACCGAACACCAGGUCUGCAAUAUCAAGUUCAUCAUCGAAACACAUGACUGAUGCUGAUUGGUUGCUGUCGCCGACCUUAGUCACAUUGAAACCCGUUGGGCAUGGGGAGAACGCAGGUACUAUCAAGAUUCAAAACCUAUCUAACCAGCCAUGCAAAUUCGGUGUUCACUGGCCUGGUUAUUUGCUACGUGUAUCACCAGACCAUGGCAUUGUACCGGCUCGGGGCAGCCUAGCUGUGUCUGUGACGUUGAAAGUGUCAGCUGAUAUCUCCUAUCCACCAAGCACUACACUAACGUUUACGUGCGGGCAGACAAGGAAGGAUGUUAUCAUCAAUGUUGCAUCCACUCUCCAGUACCCCUUUUCUCCUUCUGUUGAGCAAGACAAAUCUACAUCAUUGCCAGAUUCACAGGCAGCACCAACAGCAACACCAGCAGUCGCCGGUACACUGAAGACGACUGUGGGAAAGAAAUUACGCGAUAAGCCUACUUCAACGUUAUUGUCACAGGAUGAUGGUGGUAGUGCAGUUCAUAAUGCACCAUCAUCAUCAUCUCUUCGAACUAUUGCCUUCCCACCGGUUCCCAUUGGACAAUCAUCUGAAUCUGGUGUUUCUCUGAACAAUGUGACAUCGUCCGUAAUGAAGUGGCAAGUCUUGUCUCUGAGACCAGCCUAUGUGAUGCCGGUUGGAAGUGACAUGUUUGAAAGUCAGGCACUGUAUGCAGCGUUUGUAGUGGAUGGUCGUUAUGGUGCACUAGAUCCACUGCAGAACAAGGAGAUCCAUGUGACAUUUGAACCACGUGACGUUGGUACAUUCUCUCAGCUCUGGCAGGUUGAGUACACACUACCAGAUCAUAAGGGAGGGUCAGUUAGCAGUCAGCGCAAACGUACUCAGCAGCUGAUGUUUACUGGCAAGGGUUUGCCACAGUUCCCACAAGGUGCCCACAUGAUGAAGUCAGUUGUCACCAGUGCAAGUAGUGUACUGUCAUCAUCACUGCAUGCUGUGACUACUGCUGUUCCUGAAAGCUACUCAUCCAUCGACGCACCACAGGACGCUGGCACUCGGUAUAAACAUGCCACCAUCGGAUCAGCCGUUGAAACGGGAGCUAGCAAGGUUUCAACCCCAGGUCAUCGAGAUAAGAAAUUCACCAAGACUGGAUCCAGCCAGGUCUCAGCUGACAUAGAAAUUCUCAAAUUCUCUGUUGAGUCACUGAGCACCUCUUCAGUGCUGAAGGCAUCCAUCAGUAACCGUGCCCACCAUGCGCAUGAACUGUGUGUCACUUCUGUGGACAGUCCAUUCACAGUCAGAUCAAGUCAUCGCCAGUUCACUUUAAGGGCCAGAAGUUGUGUACGCCUACCCGUUCACUAUCAACCUUCGAGUGCAGGCUACCAUGAAGGUGUUCUGUGCCUAUCCAUACCUGCACUCAACCAUACCCUGACUGUACAGCUCGAAGGUAGCUGCUGCUCGCCACACUGAACACAAUAAACAAUUUACUCCGGACACACUUGAACCUAACAAUAUAUCUCUUUCAACGAACCAUGCUAAUUUCACCUUUUUUUUUUAACUGCAUUGGUCGGCAUGUGCAUGCAAUAGUGCAAAAAAACUAUCGCCCGUAUAGAAUGCGUGACAUGAUAUUAUUGUGAUACAUGCUGUACGUUGAAGUUAAAGGUCAUCCUGCUUUGUUUACGUUGAUGAUGGUGAGGAUUGUUUGCUGUCGGCAGACACUUGACUGAUGGAUUUCCUUACCGGCUGGCUUGUGUUUUUUUUAAAAGUACAGUGCCUACUUUGAACCGUUUCUGUCCUGCCUGUGUUGUUGUAUAGUGCAAGCUAUAGUACAAUGUAUAGAUAUUAUAGAUAUAGAGCAGUUCUACUAGUUACAUGCAUCUGAUUUACAAAAACGACAAAUAAUAAUAUGACGUACCCCUUAUCAAUUUAUCAUCCAUGGCACGGCUUCUCCACUAUUUUCCACGUCGCUCCACCAUUGCUUUUUUUAAAUUAGAGUUGUGGUGAACGGUUUCUAGACUAUUUUCUCACUUG